AUGACACCCAAAAACGAGAACAAGUCCAACUUGCAAGGCCCUUCCGAUAGUCCCAUCACCAGUGGCAACCACAGUGCAAAUAUUUCAAACUUAGAGGCAGGAAUCCUCCUUACAUCAUUUGGAAGUGAUGUAGAACUGAUGGAUCCCACAACGAUUGCCCGAGAGAUGGUCGGCGAGUUUGUGGAGUGUUCAGUUAUAGACUUCAUAAAGACGUAUCUUCCUUUCGCUCCGAAUAAAGCACAGACCCAGUGUAUCGUCCAGAGGCUUCUUCAGGAGUCCCCUUUAGCAGGAGGAAGCCCUGACAUUACUGCAUUCAAUGGAUGGGCAGAUAUUACAAAGGCAAUUGCAUCGGCGGCCCCAGAAGUAGGGCGACAGGUCAACCAAUUUAAAUAUCAUAACAUGCCUAACAAAAGGCUUGCUUCGGGAAUACGGGGUUUAAAUAACAGAAUUGAUGCUGGAUUUAUUCGAAAAGGGGGGGAGGGCUGUAAAGAGCUCAGUACAACAGAUAUAGCUGUCGUCAUAGAGCACAGACCCUUACCCAAGUUAUAUCAACAUAACGCCCUCAAGGCCGUUUCUGCAAAUGUUCAAAUCAUGAACGACGAUGCUCGUCGCAUGUUCACAUUUGGUAUAACUGUUGAAUCCUCUGAAGUCAUUCUCUGGUAUCAUUGUCGUUCCCACUCUGCGGUAUCGAAGCGUUUUAAUUUAGUCAAGAAACCGCAUCUCUUGCUCAGGGUGCUCGCAGCUUUCUCGUUUGCCACAGAAGAGCAACUCGGUUAUGACCCCAUGAUUACUAGAGAGCAAGAUGGGCGCUAUACCUUCAAGCUACCUGAUCCUACCUCAUCUGGUUUUCAAAACUUCAGAACUAUUAAGACACUCUCUGAGUAUCGUACGAAUAACAUUACUGGCCGCAUGACUCGUGUGUACACAGUCAACAAGCUCGAUGGCGAAGGAAAAGUUGUCGGAGGACCACUCGUUCUUAAGGAUGUCUGGCUAGACAAAUCUGCGAAAACGGAGGGGGAAAUUCAAAAAGAAAUAUUCAAAGAUAUUGAAGAAUUUUGGGCCCGCCCAACAGACAUACAGGAGAUGAAAAAAAUUCAGGACACCCACAAACAUCUCGUUAACAGCGGAGAAUACAAGAAAUAUUUUCUCGAAAUCGUCCUCGAUCAUGUGGGUACCGUCACCACCGAGCGUCCUAGAGCGUCUACCCUUAGACGGGGGCUACUUCUUGACUCCAUAUGGGAAACAGAUAUUCCAAAGCUCUCUAGCACCAGCACCGUUACGUCUCAGGGUACCGGCACCAGCUCUACCAGCGUUUUUUCCGAGACGCGAAACACCAACGCUGGAACUCAUCCCAUAGAAUUUGAAAAUAUUGAUAAAGUUCCCGUUUCGCAUCGCCCUUUUGAUCCUAAAAAGCGUUAUCAAGUAAUUUUCAAAGAUGUUUGCCGGACCGUGGGGCAGCUUAAAUUUCUUGGCGAAGUGGUGGAGGUGCUACGCCAGACCCUCAUUCCUCUUCAAUUAUUACUCUGUGCUGGAUGGGUCCACCGCGACAUCAGUUCGGGGAACAUAUUGGCACACAGGGCCAAUUUAAAGGCCAAUCAACAACCCUGGCAGGCCAAACUGGCCGAUUUCGAAUACGCGAAGAAGUUUUCCCAUAGUUAUUUGACACCCCGUGACCCUAAAACGGGAACCCCUUAUUUUAUGCCACUUGAGGUUAUGUUCAAUAGUUACCUUUACGAUCCAAGGUUACAAGCUGCUGCAAGGGGAGAAUAUGAUAUCAAACAACCACUUGAAGAUUUUAUCCGUGAAAGGAAGAAACAAAGAGCUGCUUUGUUGCAGUCGAAAUCUCCUAAAUACGUGAUUCACAACUUCCAACACGAUCUUGAGUCUGUAUGGUGGAUUCUCCUCUGGACUGUUACUUGCCGUAUCUAUUCCAAUGCUGCGUUUGCUUAUGGGAGGCGAAUCUUUGUUAACCAGAAUGAACGACGACUAUGCUUCACUGCUGUCAGCAUUUUGGACGAGCUGGAGAAAUUCUUGCCUACACCCAAAUCAGAGGAUGACCACACGUUUGCAGAGAUGAUUGAAAAUCUACGAGACUUCAUGAAUAGCCACUACAUUUCGCGCGUCGCAGGAGACAAUCAAGGCAAACCCGAGCAUUAUGUUGGAAUAUUCAACAUCUUCACUAUUUGCUUCAAUACCAUGGAGAGGACUGCGUCUGAUUGGGCAGGAAUACAUUUAAUUGUUGAUAUAUCGACCCAAAAUCAGCCAGUAUCUGUGGUUCCGGGACGACGAAAACGCACACGCGAGGAAGAAAGCAUUGCCGAUGCGCGCCAGGUUGACGGAGAGGAAAGAUCUGAGGCGAAGAUGCCAAAGAUAGAAGAGACUCUGGAAGACAGGAAAUAG